CUUUCUGUGAUGGAAGAUGGAAGACAAAGGCGCUCGUGUUGCUGACUACUUUGUUGUAGCAGGAUUGACAGAUAUUUCAAAACCACUAGAAGAAGAAAUCCACUUCAAUGAUGCUUGCCAUAAAAUAGCUAAACCAAAAGAACCCAUCACUGAUGUGACAGUAAUUAUUAAAUCUCUGGGGGAGGAAGUGCCUCAGGGAUAUAAAUGCAUAGAUGUUACUCCAUCAGGACUAUCAGCAGAUCUCAAUAAUGGGAGUCUUGUGGGUCCACAGAUAUUCCUUUGCUACAGGAGAGGAAGGGACAAGCCUCCACUUACUGAUCUGGGGGUUUUAUAUGAUGGGAAAGAGAGAUUAAUACAGGGCUGUGAAAUCAUUCAAGCCACUCCAUCUGGUCGUCCUGCAAACAUUAGUGGCAGUGCCUCAUCACAAAGAGUAUACAUCACUUACCGAAGAGCCUCCGAAAAUAUGACCCAAAACACCUUGGCUGUCACAGAUAUAUGUAUAAUUAUACCGAGUAAGGGAGAGAGCCCUCCACAUACAUUCUGCAAGGUUGACAAGAAUCUUAAUAACAGUAUGUGGGGCUCAGCAGUAUACCUAUGUUAUAAAAAGUCUGUGGCAAAAACCAAUACCAUAUCAUAUAAAGCUGGUUUAAUAUGCAGAUAUCCUGAAGAAGACUACGAGUCAUUCCCAUUACCAGAAUCAGUGCCUCUUUUUUGUCUACCCAUGGGUGCAACUAUUGAGUGUUGGCCAUCUAACAGUAAAUACCCCCUUCCAGUUUUUUCUACAUUUGUACUAACUGGAGCUUCGGCUGAAAAGGUAUAUGGUGCUGCUAUUCAAUUCUAUGAACCAUAUCCUGAGGAGAAUCUCACAGAAAAACAGAAAUUUCAGUUAGGGUUAGCAACUACUGGAGAUGGAAAGUCAGAUAACUCCAAAACAGUUCAGACUAACAAAUGCAUUUGUCUGCUCUCUCACUGGCCUUUUUUUGAUGCUUUCAAGAAGUUUCUUACCUUUCUUUAUCGUUAUUCCAUCUCUGGUCCUCAUGUCCUCCCUAUUGAGAAACAUAUUUCACAUUUUAUGCACAAAGUUCCUUUUCCAUCCCCUCAGAGGCCAAGAAUUUUAGUUCAGCUAUCGCCACAUGAUAACCUGAUUCUUAGUCAGCCAGUGUCAUCACCUCUACCACUGAGUGGUGGCAAGUUUUCUACACUGCUUCAGAACCUAGGGCCCGAGAAUGCAGUAACUCUACUUGUAUUUGCUGUAACAGAACAUAAAAUUCUCAUCCAUUCCCUACGACCGUCUGUCCUUACUAGUGUGACAGAGGCAUUAGUCUCAAUGAUAUUUCCUUUCCACUGGCCAUGCCCAUACAUUCCUCUUUGCCCCUUGGCACUGGCAGAUGUGUUAAGCGCACCAUGUCCAUUCAUAGUAGGAAUUGAUUCAAGAUACUUUGAUCUGUAUGAUCCCCCACCAGAUGUUAGCUGUGUUGACCUAGAUACCAACACCAUUUCUCAAACUGGAGAUAAGAAAACUAUUUCAUGGAAGACCUUACCAAAGAAACCUUGCAAAAAUCUAAUGAACACUUUAAAUAACUUGUAUCAACAACUGGCAGAAUUGCAGCAAAGACCAAGAGAAGAUGCAUUAAUGGAAUUAACAAUGAAUGACUAUGAUUUUAAUUCGGGGAAGAAGUUGCAUUUGUUAGAUAUGGAGAUCCAGGAGGCAUUUCUUUGUUUCAUGGCUUCAUUAUUAAAAGGUUAUAGGUCGUACCUAAGGCCAAUAACACAGGCACCUUCUGAGACAGCAACAGAUGCAAGUUCCCUCUUUGAACUACAAGGGUUCUUAAAAAGUCGAGAUCGAUCACAUCAAAAAUUCUACACAUCAAUGACCAAAACUCAAAUGUUUAUUCGCUUCAUUGAAGAAUGUUCCUUUGUUAGUGAUAAGGAUGCAAGCCUUGCAUUUUUUGAUGAUUGUGUAAAUAAAGUAGAUAUGGACAAGAGUGGUGAAACACGGCUUAUAGAGCUGGAUGAGUCCUACAAGAGUGAACACACAGUUUUCAUAACACCACCUGAGAUCCCUCACCUACCUAAUGGCGAAGAGCACCCUUUGCAGUACAGCUAUAAUGGAUUUCCUGUGCUGAAACUAGAUUUGUUUGACCAACCUGAGGGGUUCCUGACUACACCAAAUAAUAAACUGUCUUCAAAAGCCAGUAGUCCCAACAGCCCAUCCCCAAUGUUCAGGAGAACAAAACAGGAAAUAAAGUCAGCCCAUAAGAUAGCUAAGAGGUACUCCUCCAUUCCUCAGAUGUGGUCCAGGUGUUUGCUGCGUCACUGCUAUGGCCUAUGGUUCAUCUGCCUUCCUGCGUAUGUGAAAGUGUGCCAUUCAAAAGUCAGGGCUCUGAGAACUGCAUAUGACGUGCUGCGAAAAAUGCAUACCAAAAAGAUCGAUCCCCCUGAUGAGGUAUGUUACCGGGUGCUUAUGCAGCUAUGUGGGCAAUAUGGCCAGCCUGUGCUUGCAGUGAGAGUCCUUUUUGAAAUGAAAAAAGCUGGUAUUUACCCUAAUGCCAUUACAUAUGGUUACUAUAAUAAGGCUGUUUUGGAAAGCACCUGGCCUUCAAGUAAUAGAAGUGGCUAUUUCCUAUGGACGAAGAUCAGAAAUGUUGUAUUAGGAAUAGUGCAGUUUAAAAAAGCUUUAAAAAAACUACCUGCCAACACACCACAAGCAGCUCUUUCCGGGGGACUUUCAGAUCUUGGCAAUAACUUGUUAUCUAAAGAAGAAUUUGGGCAAGGGGAAACGUCUGUUCAAGAUAUAAAAAAACAAAAAGAGGACAAGAGAGAGAGUGAUUCCAGUUCUUUGUCUGAAACAGAGAGUGCAAAAGGAAGUGGUGACUGUCUUCCCAAGCUAAAUUAUCAAAAUUCAAGUAGUACUUCAAUUCAAGUAGCAAAAGCCACUUCUAACAUAGUACGACUCAAUGGUACCAUUGAUAAUGCUGACAGUACAGCUGGGGAAGUCAGCACUGAAAGCCCAGCAGGGCUGCUUUUCACAUCCGCUUUUGAGGGUACCAAUGAAGCAGGAGUUCUUCAAAGUAAAACCUUAAGAAAGAGACAUAAAAGUGCUGUGGAACCUGACCUAAAACAGAUGGUAUGGGGAAGCAGGAACCGUAAUCUGAGUGGAGAUGCCCUGAUGGGGCUCAUGAUAAAUAGAAUUAACCAGAAUGCAAGCCCUGGAGACAUUGUGGAAAAAUUAGGAGCUGAUGCAAAAAUACUAUCUAAUGUAUUCCAGAAGAGCAUAAGGCCGAAUAGUCUUGACAUCAGGAAGUCAUCUUUAGGGUCUAAGAGAGAGAGUAUGGAGAAGGAAUCUAGUGAUGAAGAUGCACCUUUCUAUGGCAGUUUUGUAGAUAAAACAGAGUCUCCUGUUAUCUUUGAUUUAGAAGACUUAGAUGCUGAACCUGACACAGCUAAAACAGUAAAGUCGUCUAAUGAAAAGCCUAAGAUGUUACAGCGUAAUAGCAGCUUUCUAAUAAAACCAGUUGAAAAAACAGAUGUGGAAACUGGAUUUGAUCCCCUCUCGCUGCUGGUUGCUGAGACAGAACAACGGAAAGAAGAUGAUGAAGACGAUGAUGACAAAAGUGUUUCAACGCCAUCUGCAAGGCGAGAUUUAGCUGAAGAAAUAGUGAUGUACAUGAACAACAUGAGCAGCCCUUUGACAAGCCGUGCACCAAGCAUUGACUUGCAAAAAACAUACGAUGACAGAAAUGUUAGUAAAAAGAGUCCAACAGUCACCCAGCCAUGCAGAAGAUCCAGCCUUCCCCCAUAUUCCCCCAGGCCAGUGAGUCUUAUCAAAUCCAAAAGUUAUCACAUAAAAAAUGAAGAAAGGCCAAGGGACAGGCUUUGGUCCUCUCCAUCUUACAGUCCAGCGAGGGAACAGUCGCAGGACAUGGCUGGUGCAUUAACUCUAGUGUCUCCACCUUCGUUCAACUUAGAUACACUAUUAACACCUACAUUUGAUGUUCUGAAAAGCAGCAUGUUUUCUGCUGGGAAAGGCGUUGCAGAGAAGGCUAGCAAGUGGUAUUCAAAGUUUACUAUGUAUGCUGCGUCCUCAAAGGAUCAAAAUUCAGACCGAGCAAGUGUUUCAUCUCUUGGAAUUCUGGAUUCAGAAUCUACCUCUCUAACUGAUGAAGAUGUCUGCAAUGACUUUGAAGGUACUUCUUCUCCUCAAGAGAACAAUGACACCUCGGUAAUUAAGGGAAUUGGUCUAAGUAGGACAAGCCUAGAAAGUUCAGCUUCUCAUGAUGGUUCCCUUUCAAAGUUCCCCUUGCCUGACAAAUCAGAGUUGAUGUCUUCUUGCAGCACAAGUAGCACCAGUGUGUUUCAGAACUAUGCUAUGGAGGUACUCAUCUCAAGCUGUUCGCGAUGUCGAACUUGUGACUGUCUGGUUCAUGAUGAAGAAAUCAUGGCAGGAUGGACUGCAGAUGAUUCAAAUCUCAAUACCACAUGUCCCUUCUGUGGCAACCUAUUCCUGCCCUUUUUGAAUAUUGAAAUCCGAGAUCUGCGGCGACCUGGGCGGUACUUUCUGAAGUCCAGUCCAUCUACAGAGAAUAUGCAGCUUCCCUCACCUUUUUCAAAUCAGACAGGAAAGUCCUGUAUCUCUACUCCCACAUCAUGUCUUGCUACAUCUGUAAUGCCUGUUCAAGAUGAUUUUAAUUCAAAAUGCAAAUCUAAGCAGCAGGACAACUCUUGUGCCAGAAGUAUCCAAAUCCCUUCAGGAAGAAGACAAAAUAUUGCUGGGUCAGAGUGUCCCAGUCACGCUGUAGCAAGAAGUGUCAGUACUUACGGUCCACUGGAAGAGGAUGAGAAGGGAAGCCGGAAGCUCAGCCAUAUUGUUCCCACUGGCAGCCUGCCCACCACUUUGCAAGGAACAACGGAUUCUUUGGGACUAGAAUGGCGUUUAUGUAGUCCUGACCCAAUCACUGUCCCUUACCUAAGUCCUCUAGUGGUAUGGAAAGAGCUUGAAAGCUUGCUUGAAAAUGAAGGGGAUCGUGUGAUAACAGUGGCAGAUUUUGUAGACCACCAUCCUAUCGUGUUUUGGAAUCUGGUGUGGUAUUUCAGGCGUCUGGACUUGCCCAGUAACUUACCAGGACUAAUACUUUCUUCUGAGCACUGUAAUAAAAACUCAAAGAUUCCACGAAACUGUAUGUCAGAGGACAGUAAAUAUGUUCUCAUUCAGAUGCUAUGGGACAAUAUGAAGUUGCAUCAGGAUCCAGGACAGCCCCUAUAUAUUCUGUGGAAUGCACAGACCCAAAAGUAUCCAGUGGUCCAUUUAUUGCAAAAAGACGAUGACUCCUUUAACCAGGAGCUCUUGAGAAGCAUGGUGAAAAGUAUUAAGAUGAAUGAUGUCUAUGGACCAAUGAGUCAAGUCUUAGAGCGACUGAACAAAUGGCCACAGAUUAAAAGACAGAGGAGCCUCUAUAGAGAAAUAUUAUUUCUUUCCCUUGUUGCUCUAGGAAGAGAGAACAUUGAUAUAGAUGCUUUUGACAGAGAGUACAAAAUGGCCUAUGAUCGUCUCACAGCUAAUCAGGUCAAGAGCACUCACAACUGCGAUAGACCGCCAAGUACUGGAGUGAUGGAAUGCCGAAAGAUUUUUGGAGAACCAUAUCUUUAAAAAUAUAUAUAUAUAUUUUAAUGAAUUGUAUACAUGUGUAAA